GCUGCCCCUCGGCGGCCGGUGGAAGGAGCCUGGGGCCCCACAACCGUCCGUGGUAUCCUGUCUGCGCCGCCUGCCGCCUUCCUCUGCCCGGGGCUGGGAUCGAUCGCUCAGCCGAUCAGCUGCUUUCCCUUCGCGGCCUGCCUGUUGCUAGGCAGAGCCCGACGCAGUUGCUUUGGUUUCUGCGGCCCCGCCUCUCGGCCGGGGGUCUGGGAGCAGCGGCAGGAAGCUGAAGGGGCCCCGGUGCAGCCCGUUGCCGCUCCGCCAUGGAGCCCGAGAAGAGAAGAACCAAAGAAGAUACUUGGAAAGCAGAUGAACUUAAGAAACAUCUUAGGGUAUCACAGUCAGAUAGUCAAUCUGAAGAUAAGAAACAGAAGGAAAAGAAACUGCAAAGAGAUAGAAAGACUCAUGACAUGGUUGAUUACAAAGGAUACAUACACAAGGAUCAAGACAAGGACAGAGGAAAGACAAAAGAAAGGACAAGUGAAAGAGAGAGAUUUAAAUCUAGUGAAAGAGACAGGGAUAAGCUAAGAGACAGAGAAAGUGGAAAAGAUCAUCACAGAGAACGAGAGAGAGAGAAAUUGAAGGAGAAGAAUCAAGAAAAGGAUGCAGAGAAGGAAAAACACAUUACAAGAAAAGAUAAAGAGAAGGUGAGUGAUAAAGAAGGAGACAGAAAAUAUAGGAGGGAUGAUCUGAAGCAAAUGCUUAUACAGAAUAACCUGAAAGCAUCUGGAGGAAGGGAUAAAGAACAGCGCAGAAGAAGAGAAAGCAAGGAUCAAUUGGAGCAAGCAAACAUAAGGGAUGACAUGAAAGAGAGAAGACAUACAGAAAGAAAAGUAAAGGAAGGAAAAAAAAGUGAAAGCAAAAAUAGUCUUGGCGAGUUUUUAACAAAGAAAGAUGAAGAAGGUGGACAUAGACACAAGUCACACAGAGAUCAAGAACUGAAUAAAGACAGAGGAAGGAGUCAUAGUGAUAAAAGAGAACAUUCAGUUAGGAGAGGAAAGGAGAGACCUUCAAAAGAAAGAAGCCAUGAAUUGUUUGUAAAGGAUGGGGAAGAAAAAUAUGUGUCAAGGAGACCUAAAGAAGGAUCCUCCAUUGAAGACAGAGAAAGACAACUGAGCGAGAAUAAUGAAAAAAGACAGAAGGAAGAAAAUGAAAGAAAGAAAAGAGAUCUUAAGAACAGUGAGCACAAAAAACAAGGAAAGAGCUUAAGAGAAGAAGAAACCAGCCUUCAGCAUGAAAGGAAUACAAGAGAUAAAGAAAAGAACACUGAAAGGGAAAAAAAAGAGGACACAAGCCAAAGGCCACACCAAGGUGAACAUGUGUCAGCGUGGAAACCUAUGCAGAGGGAAAAACGUGAGGAAGAACCUGAAAUCGGUGAUGAUUAUUUGACAAAUUAUGAAGAUGAUUUUGAAGAUUAUGAAGAUGAUUUUGAUGAUGAUGAUGAUGAAGACAAUGAUAGUGAGGCUAGAGACUCAGAAGAAAGACUAAGAGAGAUCCCUGUUUCCAAAAAAUCAGAAAUAGAAGAAAUUCAAAGAGCAAUUAAUGCAGAAAAUGAGAGGAUUGGUACCUUACUACCAAAGCAAAUUCAAAAAGAACGUGAAAAGGAACCAAACGUGGAGAGGCAAGAUUCUCCUGCCAGAGGCUCUCUCUGUGGAAUGUUCAUGGAUUUUGAAACAGCAAACCAGCGGCAAAGUAGCCAAAUUAUGGCCACUAAACAGAAGAAACGCAGUUCAGAACUGCUCCGGCUAAUUGACCUGGACUUCUCAGUAAGUUUUUCUUUACUGGAUUUGCCUCCAGUGAAUGAAUAUGACAUGUACAUCAGGAACUUUGGAAAAACAAACACUAAACAGGCGUAUGUUCAGAGCAAUGAGGAUAAUCUUGAGAGAGACGUUCAGACGGAUGAAAUAGAGACUCUAGAAAAAUGGACACAACAUCCAGGAGACAGUGUACUUGUAUCUGGAGGUCCCAGAAGCAGCAAUGAUGUGUCUGCUGAUAUUGUUGUAACACCUAAGAUUGAUUCACAGAGAUUAACAAACUUCCUCCGGUCUGCUUGUCAGGUGAUUGCUGUUUUGCUUGAGGAAGAUCGAGUUGCAACACAACCCAGGUGGAAUCUAAGAUCUCGACAAACCAGUCUGUCUAUUAGUGAUAGCUGCUUCCAGUUAAAUACUAAUCUACCUUUUCUCCAUGGCCGAAAAGUGUCCUGUUUGCACAUCUCUCAGGUUCAGAGGCAGGCAUUGCUUUCUGUUCACGGUUUACCUGAAAAACCAGGUGCUAUUCAAUUGGACAGGAAGUACAUCGUAUGUGUAUGGAAUGUCUGGCAGCCCUCCAGUCCUCAGAAAGUUUUAGUUUGUGAAGCAGAGGUGUCAUGCUGCUGCUUUAGUCCCAGUAAAGCAACUUUAGUAUUUGCUGGAACAAUGGAUGGUUCACUGGUAGUGUGGGAUCUCCGAGAAGACUCAAGGAUGCAUCACUGUGUGAAAUUAAAUGAAACUGACUGGAUUUUUAGAUCUCCAACAUUUUCUACUGAUGGUGUUCUCUCCUCAUUAAACCACACAUAUCCUGUACUGGCAAUAGAACCUGUCUCAACAUCUGUCUAUAAGGAACAGAAUUAUGGGCUCUCACACCUAUCUUCUCAAGAAGAAAUGUCAGGCCUGUCAUUCCAGAUAGCUUCAAUGGAUGAAAACGGGACUCUCAAUCUGUGGGUAGCAGUUGAAUUACAAAAAGUGGAUUUGUCUGGUUCACAGAGUGAUUUAGGUUUAAUUCCUGGGGGGAAAAUAAAGUUAGUACAUAGCUCUACUGUUCAGUUGAAUAGCAGCCUUUUCCCAAAAGAUAUCCUAUGCCUGAGGAAGCCUCAAACACUGAAUAUUAAGUUUCUGCCUUCUAAUCCUAAUCAUUUCAUUGUUGGAACAGACAUUGGUAUGGUAAGUCAUGGUGCAAGACAUGAUUUAAGAGUACUUCCAAGGCUGUUCAAACCCCAGCAGGGUGGACCAAGAUCAAUAAGAGCUAAUGCAGUUGAUUUCUCCCCUUUUGGAAAGCCAAUAUUUUUGGUUGGCUGUUCAGAUGGAAGUAUUAGAUUGCACCAAAUGACUUCAGAGCAUCCCCUCAUACAGUGGAAUGACAGCACAAAUGGCCAACCAAUUAUUGCCCUCCAGUGGGCUCUCACAAGACCUGCUGUGUUUUUCGUCCUGGAUGCAUCAUCUACUGUUUACAUUUGGGAUCUACUGGAAAACGACUUGUGUCCUGUAGCCAAACAAAUUAUCCAGUCAGAUAAGGUUAUGACUAUGGUUGUAUUGGGUGAACCGGAAAAAACAAAUGGUCUGUUGGGAAUCGCAUUGGCCAAACAAUCUGGAAUAAUAGACAUUCAGUAUGUAAAGAAGAGGUGGGCAUUACCUCAGUCAGAAGAGUCAGAAAAACUACAGUUGCUCUUGCAACAAUCCUUAUAAAGCAGAAAAAUUGUCUUUUUCUGCGUGUACAAAUAUGGCUGGCUAUAUUUAGAAUUUUUCAUUUGAUUACUGAAAUAAAAAGAUUUAUAAUUUAA